AUGGCUUACAUUGCACCUAUCCACCGGCCAAGCAGCGUCCGGCAUGCGCUCAAGCUCAACUUCCUCGCCCCAGAGGAGGAUUGCCUCGUAGUCGCCAAAUCCAACAGACUCGAAUUCUAUACGCAGACUUCCGAUGGAUUGGCCCUCCAACACUCCAAAGCCAUCUAUGGCAAGGUCACUAUGCUUCAGAAGCUCCGCCCAGCCCUAUCACCGACCGACCACCUCUUCGUCGGAACCGAUCGAUACAUGUACUUCACCCUCUCAUGGAACCCCGAGAAGAAGCAAUUACAGACGGAGAAAUCCUUUGCGAGCGUGGCCGACAAUGCUGCAAGAGAGUCGCAAACGGGCGAGAGAUGUCACAUCGAUCCAACGGGGCGAUUCAUGACUGUCGAGGUCUAUGAGGGCAUUGUCACCGUCAUACCGCUAGUCCAAAGGGGAAAGAAGAGGAAGCAAGAGGCUGAUAUCGCCCACUUGGGAGACCCUCAACCAGUCAGACUACCUGAGAUGUUCGUCCGCUCGUCUGCCUUCUUGCGCCCACGGUCGUUCGACGACAAGCCCAAGAUGGCGCUACUGUACGAAGACACACACUCCCAAGUCAAGCUGAAGUUACGGGAACUCACCUACGCCGGCGAAGAGGUGGACCUACAAGAAGGCGAGACCUGCAAGACCGAACUGGAGCUUGGCUCGAGCCACCUGAUACCCGUCGAGGAGCCUUCUCACGGCCUGGUAGUCAUCGGCGAAACAUCUAUCGGAUACUACGACGACGAAAGUGGGGAACUCCAAACCGAGCCACUGGACGAGGCGACGAUCUUUGUGGCUUGGGAGCGCAUUGACGCUCAGCGAUUCGUGCUCGCCGAUGACUACGGUCGCCUAUACAUGUUCAUGUUGGUCUUGAGCAGCCAAGGCAAGGUCCAAUCAUGGAAGCUUGAUGUGAUCGGGGAGACAUCUCGCGCAUCUACGCUGGUAUAUCUCGAUGCUGGGUACGUCUUUGUGGGAUCGCAUCAGGGCGACUCGCAAGUCAUCAAGAUUGCGGAAAAGUCGAUGGAGGUCGUCCAGACAUUUUCCAACAUCGCGCCUAUCCUCGACUUUACCAUCAUGGAUAUGGGUAACAGAUCUGGCGAAGGACAAAGCAAUGAAUACUCGUCGGGUCAGGCGCGAAUAGUAACCGGUAGUGGCGCCUAUCAAGAUGGAAGUCUUCGUAGCGUUAGAAGCGGAGUCGGACUGGAGGAUCUUGGUGUGUUGGGCGAGAUGGAACAGAUCUCCGAUCUAUUCAGUCUCAAAUCCACUGCAGCUGCCCAGUAUGAAGAUACAUUACUAGUCAGCUUCGUCAACGAGUCGCGCAUCUUCCGAUUCGACCCCCUAGGAGAGGUAGAAGAGGUGGACGAGUUUGCCUCGCUCGCUUUGGACGAGACAACGCUAGCCGCUGCGAACAUCUCACAAGGCCGUGUCAUCCAGGUAACCAACGGAAGAGCCCGGAUCUGCGACCUGGACGGCGGAAUGAUAACGUCGGAAUGGAUGCCAAUGGGUGGUCAGGCUAUCACCGCUGCUUCAAUUAACGACAGUCAUGUUCUUGUCUCCUUAGGAGGCGUCACUAUCGUUUCUCUGAGUAUGACAGACGGUCUACAGGUUGUCAAAGAGAAGAAGUUCGGUUCCGAAAGCCAAGUGGCCUGCAUUGCUCUUCCGUCAGUCUCAAGCUCGAUAUGCUUCAUUGGCUUCUGGAGCAACUCCCAACUCGCCAUAUGCUCUCUCGAUACCCUGGAAGCGGUCAAGACAGUUCAGAUCUCCGAAGACUCGGUUCCCCGCUCAUUGCUACUGACACAGAUAUUCCCGGAACAACCACCGUCCCUCUUUGCUGCAUUAGCAGAUGGCAAUGUUGUCACAUACGCCUAUGAUCCCUCAACACAUGAGCUAUCAGAAAGGAAGAGCAUCGUUCUAGGCACGCGCGAAGCUAGUUUCCGUGCCCUGCCUCGCGGCAACGGCCUAUUCAACGUCUUUGCAACAUGCGAACACCCAUCCUUGAUCUACUCUUCAGAAGGUCGUCUUGUAUACUCCGCUGUCACAGCAGAGAAAGCGACAACAGUCUGUCCUUUCGAUUCGGAAGCGUACCCUGGCUCCGUAGCCAUCGCAACCUCGGAAGACCUUCGCAUCGCUCUCGUAGACACCGAACGGACAACGCAUGUACAGACACUAAAGGUCGAUGAGACGGUACGACGGAUAGCAUACUCACCUAGUCUGAAAGCUUUCGGUCUUGGCACUAUCAAGAGGAUACUCAAACAUGGCGAGGAGAUCAUGCUAAGUCAUUUCAAGCUCGUGGAUGAGAUCCAGUUCAAAGAGCUCGACACUUAUGCGCUCAACGAAGAAGAACUGAUCGAAUGCGUCAUGCGCUGCGAACUCCCAGACGGCUCAGGCGGGGUUGCAGAGCGCUUUGUCAUCGGCACUGCAUAUCUAGACGAUCAGAACGCGACUGCAGAGCGUGGCCGCAUAAUCAUCCUAGAGGUGACGCCUGAGCGCGUACUCAAGCUCGUCACUGAAAUCGCAGUCAAGGGCGGUUGCAGGUGUCUAGCCAUCUGUGAAGGCAAAAUCGUCGCAGCGCUCAUCAAGACUAUCGUGGUAUACGAUGUCGAAUUCAAAACGCAGAGCUCUCCUGAUCUGGUCAAGCUAGCUUCGUUCAGAUGCUCGACUGCGCCAAUCGAUGUUACCGUCAACGGCACCAUGAUCGCCAUCGCUGACCUGAUGAAGUCACUCGCCGUCGUCGAGUACACAAAGGGCGAGGCGGGUCUACCAGACAAGCUUGUGGAGGUUGCGCGGCAUUAUCAGACGACUUGGGCUACAGCUGUGGCCGAGGUAGACACGAACACUUACCUCGAAAGCGACGCGGAAGGAAACCUGAUGGUGUUGUACCGCGAUCCUAACGGUGUCACAGACGAUGACAAGAGGCGGUUGAAUGUUAGCUCUGAAAUGCUACUGGGAGAGAUGGUGAAUAGGAUACGUCGAAUUGAUGUCAUGACAACCUCGGACGCUGCAGUUAUUCCUAAAGCGUUUGUCGGCACUGUCGAGGGAUCAAUCUACCUCUUCGGUCUCAUCUCAGCCGACUACCAAAACCUCCUCAUGACGCUCCAAUCCAAUCUCGGUGCUCUCGUCGCCGCACCAGGAGACAUGGACUUUUCCAAGUUCCGCGCGUUCAAGAACACUGUCAGGGAGGAAGAAGAGCCCAUGCGUUUUGUUGAUGGAGAACUGGUGGAGCGCUUUUUGGAUGUAAGCGAGGAAGUACAAAGGAAGGCCAUUGAGGGAUUAGGUGUGGAGUUAGAGGAAGUCAAGGGAUUGAUUGAGGGGCUGAGACGAUUACAUUAA